AUGACGAUCCAACAUCCUACCGAACCCUACAGCACGCUAGAAGUUGAUCCCAACCAAUUCGACACCUUCAAGGAACCCGGAAUUAACCCGAUCCAAUUCGACACCCACAAAGAAGCCACCUCUCGAGCCAUCAUCACCAGCAGUCCGGAACUGCCUCUGCGAAUUGCCCCAGCACGUGUAUGUGGACUCCAUCGUCGCAUCUUCUGGAUCCUCGUCGCGGGUCUCUGUCUCUGCGUGGUGCUCGGUGCAGUGGUGGGGGGUGUGGUUGGGUCUCAACAGAACCGUCCUAGCAGUACAGGAUCUCAAGGACAGAAUGGACAGAAUCAGGGAGGGGAACAGGAUCAGAGUCAGAGUCAGCCGGGGAAUGAUGACCCAGGAUUAUCCCAUCCUCCGAAAACUCAGACUGAUAGUCCAAAGUCCAAGAUAUCAUCCAGUUUGGCAUCGGUGUCCUACAACGAUGAAAAAGGAAUUGCUCAUCACAGACUAUACUUCCAAUCCAGCGAUCACAAAGUCCAGGAGUACGCGUGGAACUCGACGGGUCGAUCGUGGUAUUAUUUAUCGAAUAUCACGACCGCCAGACCGAAUACCCCCCUUGCAGCGAGUGUAACAUAUUCUCGAUUUCCAUUUGACCUACGAGUCUACCUCCUUGACGACCAGAACUUCAUCCAAGAAUGGAUUAGUUUCAAUUCCAGCGCACCGAAAUGGACAUCGGGGAACUGGCUCACGACUCAGAACCUGCAGGCCCAUCGAGACAGCCAACUCGCGUCGCUGUGGCAAUGGCCGAGUGACUGUUCCGUCUGUCGGGGCCUGUAUGUGAUGUAUCAGGAUCCGUCAGGACGACUCACCAUUGCAAAUGGGACGAGUGGGUCGUAUUUCACAACGAACCCUGCAUUUUCGCAGCCUGCUGAGGGGACAGGACUCGGGCUGGUCCAGACGUGGACGACCACAGACGUGAACCAUACGGAUUUGGUUCUUUUCUACGAACAGGAGGAUAGAGAUAUGGCUCAGUAUAGAUUUGGUCAAUGGCCUGAUUCUAAAAUCGAUGGCUGGAACUCUGAAGAUAAUACCCCUCUCAGUGCGACAAAUGCCUCUUUGGCAGCAUUCACCUUCAAUCCCAAUGGAAUAGAACAGGGAAACCGCUUCAUGGGAACCCUCAUAUCCAAGGAAGAUGGAGUCACCUGCUAUGUAUCUGACGCCAAAGGUACGAACUGGAAGAACUACAAACCAAAAGUAAUGGACUCCCUGGACAGGAAUACUCCGGUGGCAGCUAACUACGAUGGUCGGGCAUAUGGGAUUAAAGACGGCGUGGUGAAGGAGUUUGUUGCUUCAUCGGAUGGCCGGUCCUGGAGUGCAGUUGGAGAUACCAUGGCGUGA